CGCGGACCGGAAGUCGCGUCGCUAUAGCAACGGGACGCCAUGGGGCUGGACUACUACGCCGUGCUGGAGCUGGAGCGCGGGGCCACGGCCGACGACAUCAAGAAGGCGUGAGGGACCCCGGGCAUCAGAGAGAGCCCCCGGGCCGGGAGGCAGCCGGGGGUGGCGGUGGGAGCGGGGCGGGCCCGGCCGGGGCCGUCCUUGGCCUUCCCCUGUCCUGCCCCGGGGAAAGGGUCUGGGGGCUGCGGGGGGCAGCCCGGGCUGGGUUGGGAAUGGGUCAGUGGGGGUGCUCACCUGGAGAGGAGAAGGCUCCAGGGAGAGCCCAGAGCCCUGGCAGGGCCUGAAGGGGCUCCAGGAGAGCUGGAGGGGGACUGGGGACAGGGGAUGGAGGGACAGGACACAGGGAAUGGCUCUCACUGGGAUACUGGGGGUGGUGAGGUGCUGGCACAGGGUGCCCAGAGCAGCUGUGGCUGUCCCUGGAUCCCUGGAAGCUGCUCCAAGCCCUGUCCAGCCUGGGGUGGUGGAAGGCGUCCCUGCCCAUGGAAUGAGAUGGGCUUCAAAGCUAACCUGAGCCAUCCUGUGAUCCUCAGCUAUCGGAAGUUGGCUCUGAAGUACCACCCCCUGAAAUGCAAGGAGCCCUGGGGCCCCAAGAGGUUCCAGCAGCUGGCGGAGGCCUACGAUGUGCUCAGCGACCCUAUGAAGAAAGGCAUCUACGACAAGUUUGGGGAAGAGGGGCUCAAAGGGGGCAUCCCCUUGGAGUACGCGGGCGACAACCCCUGGAGCGUGGGAUACGUGUUCCACAACAACCCUGAGAAAGUCUUCAGGGAGUUCUUUGGAGGGGACAACCCCUUUGCAGAGUUCUUUGCCGAGGAUGGCUCGGAGGUGCUGCUGCCCUUUGGGGGGCCCCGGGGCCGGGGGGCCCUGCGGCGGGACCCCCCCAUCGUGCGGGAUCUCUUCGUGUCCCUCGAGGACCUGUUCCACGGCUGCACCAAGAAGAUCAAGAUCUCCCGCAGGGUGAUGAACGAGGACGGGCAGACGAGCACCAUCAGGGACAAGAUCCUGACCAUUGACGUGCAGCCAGGGUGGCAGCGUGGCACCAGGGUCACCUUUGAGAAGGAGGGAGACCAGGGCCCAAACAUCAUUCCAGCUGACAUCACCUUUGUUGUCCAAGAGAAGCUCCACCCAAGGUUCAGACGGCUGGAGAACAACCUCCUUUAUGUUGCCAGCAUCUCCCUGGCAAAGGCACUGACUGGAUGCACCGUGGAUGUGUGGACGCUGGAUGGGAGGCUGCUGAACAUCCCCAUCAACGACAUUGUGCACCCCAAGUACUUCAAAAUGGUGCCAGGGGAGGGAAUGCCGCUGGCCCAGGACCCGCAGCGCAGGGGCGACCUCUUCAUCUACUUCGACAUCCUCUUCCCCAGGAGGCUCAGCCCUCAGGUGAAAACACUCCUGAGGAGCAUCCUCCAGCCCUAGGGACAGUGACCUUCCCCCUCUCCUCCUUCUCCCCCAUCUCCUCCCUC